AGCUGUGUAGUAAGUGGGAAGGGAGGGGCUAUCAGAGGCAGUGAAGGGAGGAGCCUUUGGGUUUAUAAGUUCCAAAAAGGCCACUCAACUCCCAGAGCUGGAUCCUUGAAAAUCUACUUUAUCAGCUGCUGUGGUUGCCACCAUUCUCAGGACCCUCGCCAUGAAAGCCCUUCUGCUGCUCACCCUGUCUGCUCUGCUCUGCUGGGUCUCAGCUGACAUUCGCUGUCACUCCUGCUACAAGGUCCCUGUGCUGGGCUGUGUGGACCGGCAGUCCUGCCGCCUGGAGCCAGGACAGCAAUGCCUGACAACGCAUGCAUACCUUGGUAAGAUGUGGGUUUUCUCCAAUCUGCGCUGUGGCACACCAGAAGAGCCCUGUCAGGAGGCCUUCAACCAAACCAACCGCAAGCUGGGCCUGACAUAUAACACCACCUGCUGCAACAAGGACAACUGCAACAGUGCAGGCCCCCGGCCCACUCCAGCCCUGGGCCUUGUCUUCCUUACCUCCUUGGCUGGCCUUGGCCUCUGGCUGCUGCACUGAGACUCAUUCCAUUGGCUGCCCCUCCUCCCACCUGCCUUGGCCUGAGCCUCUCACCCUGUCUCCGUAUCCCCUGGUUUUACAGAAUGGUCUCUCCCUAGCUCCCAUUUCUUUAAUUAAACACUGUUCCGAGAGGUCUCCUCAUCCAUCCUUCCCACCUCACACCCUUCACUGCUUUUUCCGGGUCCCUUCCCACUUCCUUCCAGGGCCUCCCCAUUAGCUCGUAGAAGGGCUCCCCGCUUUGCUUCCUACACUCUACUGUCCCCUUCUUGAGAAGAGAUUGGGAUCUGGGUCUGAAAUGGGGCUUCUGUCUUGUCCCCAGUGAAGGCUCCCACAAGGACCUGAUGACCUCGCUGUAUAGGCUCCCAUACAGUACCCCAUCCCCCAUACUGACCUCUUUCCGUUUUGAGUAAUAAAUGUCU